UAACAAUAAUAAAGAUAAACCAGAACAAAGUGUAGCAACAGAAACAAGGCAGACCAUCAGACGUUGUAAUAUAAAGACUGCCGUUAUUACUUUCAGACUUGACGCCGAGACCGCACCAUAAAAAUUAAAAUGACGCGAAUCGGGUGAUAUGGUGACCGCAUGUUAAGUUGCGAGUUUGUGGUUUACUGUUGCCGGAAUAUGAAUAUUAAUCUCGCCCAAUUAAAAAUGGCAAGUUGCGUUCACCCGACAGUGCUUUAUGAAUAAGCGAAAGAGCAAACCCAAUCAGUUAAGCCUACUCCCUAAAAUAAGAAGAUGGAUAAGCUUAAGAUGUCUCCAAUAGGAAGGCAAUGGUAUUGCUUUUGGAAAAACUCCAUCUGGUGGAUAUAAUAUCUAUAGUCCUAAAACCUGUUGUAGGUUAUCAAUCAAUGCAUUAUGUGGUGCAAAUAAUAUGGUUUUCUGCUUCUUAUAGCGCAUUUAGUAAAGGUCCGUAUACCGAGAGAGAAGUGAAUUUAGAAACAAAUAAAAUUGAAACUGAGAAAAUGUGGUUAUAUUUAAUUAUUACGUUUGUUACAUUAAUGUUAAUUUGUAUUAAAAUACAUUAUAAAAAAUGGCAACGUCUGGGUAUAGACUAUGACGAGCCUUACUUACCUUACGGCUCCUUAGGUGAAGUUGUUCGCCAAGAAAAGCAUUUGGGUAUGGUUUUGCAUGAUAUAUACUGUCAGAAAGCGAAAGCAAAAAUUGUGGGCUUAUUUAUGUUUUUCAAACCGAUUUUAUUAAUACGCGAUGCUGACCUGGCCAGGAUGAUAAUGACUACCGGCUUUAAUAGUUUUCAUGAUCGUGGCUUAUAUGUGGAUGAAAAAAAUGAUCCGAUGUCUGGAAAUUUAUUCGUUUUACCUGGGCAGCGUUGGCGUGUAUUAAGGGCGAAAUUGACUCCGGCCUUUACGUCGGGCAAACUGAAAGGCAUGUUUGACACCAUUGACGAAGUUGGCAACAAACUCACUAAACAUAUAAAGCGUACAUGCGGCAAUGAUUCCGUUAAGACAUUCGAAAUGAAAAAUAUGCUGACUACAUACGCAAUCGAUGUAAUCGGUUCCGUAAUAUUUGGUUUAGAUAUUGAUAGCUUUGCCGAGCCAAACAAUGAAUUUCGUGUCUUGAGUAAUUUAUUAUUACACGAAAGUACUGCUCUCCAAAAACUCUUCAUCACAAUGAGGUUUUGCUCUCCAUCAAUUGCAAAAUUAUUGGCAUUUUUGGGUAUGGGCGAUAAUAUAACUCAUCCUUUAAGAGAUAUUGUUAAGCGAACUAUCGCGUUUCGAGAGAGAAAUAAAGUAAUUCGAAAAGAUCUGUUACAAUUGCUAAUACAGUUACGUAAUACCGGGAAAAUAAGCGACGAUACCGAUAAACUAUGGGAUAUUGAAACUAGUGCAAAGAUUCUCGAAUCGAUGUCUAUAGAGCAGAUAGCUGCCCAAGCGUUUUUAUUUUAUAUUGCUGGGUCAGAGACAACCGCUGCAACUGCCGCUUACACUAUAUACGAGUUGGCUAUGAGUCCGAAAAUACUUGAGUGCGCUCAAAGGGAUGUUGAUCAAUGCCUACUGGCACACGGACUCCAGCCAGAUGGCAAGCUAACCUAUGCUGCCUUACACGAUAUGAAAUAUUUGGAUUUGUGCAUAAUGGAAACCACACGUAAAUAUCCUGCCUUACCGUUCUUAAAUCGCGUUUGCACUCAAGAUUACGCGGUGCCGGGAAUGGAUUUCAUCAUUAAAAAGAAUACUCCGGUCGUAAUACCUCUAUUCAGUCUGCAUCGCGAUAAUGAACAUUUCCCUGAACCUAUGAAAUAUGAGCCUAAGAGGUUUUCCCAUGAUUCCGUGUCAAUUGCUUUUAUGCCAUUCGGAGAAGGACCCAGACAGUGUAUAGCACAACGUUUGGGUAUUAUGAAUGUUAAAUUGGCCUUAGUGAAAAUUCUAAGCAAUUUUCAAAUCGAAUCGAUCGGACACAAAGAAGUUGAGUUCAUGCCUCACCAUUCUCCUGCAUUAAUGCCUAAAGAUGGUCUCAACGUUCGUCUACGUAAAAGACGGCAGUGAAAAUUCUUCACAACGAUACGAGAGCAUUUUUGGAAUUUUAGAACUAAGAGGACACAGGAAUACCUUGAGUUCGUACUUGCGAAUGUUAAUAAAUGAAUGGCUAUGGAGUGAACGAUUGCUUUUUCUAUAUCUAUGGGGAUCUAGAUGAAAGUGAUUCGAGACUUGCUUUUUUUGCGUAGCCGUACAAGAGAACUUGAAAAAAUAUGCAAUAAAUUUAUUUUGUAAAAUUUCUCUAAGAGAAAGUAUUAAGUCCUAUAAAUUCCAAGGCCGUUAAUUAAAUAUGAGAUUCAUAUUUCGGGCAUAAGCCUUCAAACGAUUCAAGAUAAUUUUUUAUUUUUUUUAUUUUUAUUGUUGUUCCGCACUGGUUCCGUUCUUAGGGAAAUAUUUAAUUAAGAAAUUGUGCUCUGCCUUCACGUGCUUCAAGUACUGUUUUUUAGACCGAAAAAACAUAGAAAGCCGCUUAAAUUUCAAGUUGCUUCAACAAUUCCGAGAAACACCAACUCUUGUUAAUUUUAGUUUGAAAUGAUCGUUUAGCGCUGGAUCUGAAGGGAAAGGAUACAAAAGCAGUGAAGUGAAGCGAAGUGAAUCAAAAAUGUCGUCAACUUUUUAUAGAAAAAAAAAAAAAUGCAUUUUUUAACCGAUUUGUUGAGUUUCAUCAACAACUUCAGCCACUUCCUACGAUAAUUGCUUCACCUACUACCGUAAUCUUCAAGUAUUUUAACGGAUAACAAUCGCUAGCCAUCUAAUAUUAUCCUCAGUUCAAUAAUAAUUUUACAACAUUUUUUUUUUUUUUGCUCCUGUUUAACAAAUCUCAAAUAAUUACAUUCAUAUAAAUGAAAUCUUUUCGACAAAACAGAUGUCUACCUGUACGUGUAUCUAUAAUUUGUAAUCUUUCUUAUCUCAAUGCUAUAGAAAUCGUUUUUUCUUGCACUACAAAGGAAACGAGCCUUCGAAAUUGAAACAGCAUUAUACUUAUGUCUUCAUAAAGGUUAUUUACACUAAAUUGCUUAAAGAUUAAAGUGGAAGGGAUCCUUGCAGUAAAAUGCACGAUUUACCAUUCCUGGUACGAACGUAAUCAACUUUCCCCUACACUCCUGCAUACCUCGUACCAUUGUCAGGCGUUACUCGGUGAAGAGUGACUUUGUGCUUCCUGCCCCGGCAAUUCACGGACUGCUUACGUCGGAAACUAAUCAAAGGCUUAAGUGAUGUGGCCAGUCAUAUCCAGCCUUGAAUCCAAGACAUUGCGAAGUAUCGUGAUUGGCGAUUUAAUUGCAGCAUAUUGGGUCGGUUAUGAGCUGCUUGAAGUUUAUCUCUCCGCACCGCAUUUGAGUCAACAACGAUGUACUGCGGAUCAGUGACAACGUCCAUCUGCUCUUCUCCGAGGUCUGCCACCGUGCUUGAGACCCGUUAUUGAUAAAGAUAAGGACAGCUUUUCUUUUCCCUAGACGAUCAUCAGAGAGAAAAGGAUAGCCGGUAUAAAUUUUUUAUACCCUACACCACAUAUGAGAUAAACGUAUAUUAAGUUUGGCCAAUGGCCUGAAGGACUUGAGAUAGACUCACCAUUUAUUGUGCCGAUAGAUUCAAUAUCACUUUCUGCAUUGAUUGUCUGCUUGUCUGACCAUCCGUCGAUCGGCCCGUCUUUCCGUCUCAUAUUCUUGUAUUCAACAUACAUGUCACAAUUUAUCAAAUAUUUUAAUGAAAUUUGUUCCACUGAUGUGUUUUGGCGUAGGAACAUGUUUCAUAUGCAACAAAGUGAUGAUCAAAGUGUAAAAAAAAAAAAAAAUAAAAAAAAAAAUUAACAAUAGCUUUUAAAAGUCGUCUCUGAAAUAUGCAAAUCCUCUCUCUAAGUCCGGUGAGCAGUAUUCAAACAUGAAUAAAGAUUUGCACAUUAAUACUCUUAUGUGGUAUACAUUAGGUGUACCUGAGCAUGAAGCGUAAUCAUAAUCAUUGUCGUUGCCUGGAGGACCUCAAUAUUGCUAUUUACCGUUAAUGUGAUCUUAUCUAAAUUUAAUACGCCACGUUACGAGGCACUUCUCAACGCUCCUAUCUUACAAACAACCCGUAACUCCUCCUUUAAUAUUUAGAUGAAUGUAGGUUUCACUUCAAAUGCAUUAUAUUCCAGAAGCUUGAAAACAUUGUCAUCUCUGCGUGGCUGUGCGCGUAAACGUGCGUAUGUGCGCGCGGGCGUGUGUGUGUGUAUAUAUAGAAACGUGCAUACCCUUGAGUCUUCUUCUCAUUAUAAUUAAGAAAAGUGUGUUUUUUCUUAUAUUUAUUUUAAGAAUAAAUGCCCGCUACUACUUGACCCUACCUUCUCUUCACGCAACCAUAAGUGAUUACUUAAUGUUUACAUCUCUUUCUUUUCUUCAAUGAAUUCGUCGAGUGUGGUGUGUGUGCUUGCAUAUGGUAUAGUAUGUACACUGUUUAUGCUGGAAGCGAGCUUGUACACAUAUUGUAUUUAUUUUGCCCUUCAAACGUUGUGUGUAGAUUUUAAUAACAAAUGUAAACACUUGUUGUUAAAUAUAUUGUUUACAGAUUAUUAUCUCACAUAUGUUCAAUUUUACACAUAAAAUUUCAUUACUUGUUAUAUACGUAUUAUUACAUAUGGCGCUUUUUGUUAAUGUUGUUCUCUUCGCUGGUAUCUGUUUUGUUGCUUAGAUCCCUCCGAUCGGGGUCAAUACGUUCAUUUGACUGCAAUGUGUGCAGCUGUUCUAAAGUCUUAGCUAGUUAGGCUGCAUCUUGCAUGUUUGACAUUUUGCGAGUUCAUUUCAACCCCUACAAUAUGUUAUACAUAGUUACGUAUACAAAAUAAAAUUUGUUUUUAUCAUAAAUGCAUCGCAUUUGUUUGAGUAUAUUAAUCGGUUCUUUUCAAAAUUGUGAUUAUCUUCAUUGUCUUAGCGAAGACUUAAUUUAAUGUUUUGGCAAUAACUAGCUAGUUCCGAUCUGGCGAUUGCAAAAAUUUGUAUUCUUCGAGGAAUGCAUUUUUAAGUAUUUCGAAAAGUUAGUGCUUUUAAGCUUUCCUGUUGCGGUCCCGUCUUCUAUCGUUCCCAAGCACUUUAUGCGACUCACUUAGAUGCGACAAAUCGGAGAUGCGAAAAAUCAUUUCUUUUCUUGAUCAAUGAAUUGAAAUGCGUCUGUCCAAUCAUACGAAUUGGCAAGUUUGCCAACAAUUCAUUUGUUCGUCUCGGACAGAUAAAGUUUUGAAUAU